GAUAGAUGCUCGUUGCUUUUGAAAGCUGGUCUCUCGAGUAUCUAGGGACUAGUUGUUGUGGAACUUAGCACCGAGUCAUCCAGUGGACCGCCUUUACUGCCAUUGUGACUCCCAUAUUGACUCGCUUUUGGGUCUGCAUAUAAAGUAGCUUCAAACAAAGCAUACUUUACAGAUUCAUAGCAUAACCACCCUUUCAACAUGACUAGUCUACGGACAUUCCAGAACGAGAUCGAUGAAAUAUCGCAUCGUAAACGAGCAGUAGACCCUUCGUCUACGGCUCAGUCACCUCCGGAUCCCAGUAAAGUAGAUGAGGACGAGGUACCCGAUAUCGAUGAGCAGGUUCAGGACUUGUUAUUAUCCGGAAAGGCCGAGAACCGUGAUCGCGCUCGGGACGUGUUAGCUUCUGUCCUUACCAGAGGGAGGGGCGAGUAUAUCUUCCGAAUAGGUUCAUUUCCACCGCACGCCUCGCUGUUCGCGUACGAGCCAAUAACAGCCAAUGACGCGCAUGGAACACCUCGAACUGCUCAGGAGUUGUGCUCAUUACACGAGGGCAUAACAAAUAUUGUUGAUGAAGUGGGCGGGAAGGUAUCAGUACUAUAUGAGUCGACAGUUGCCCCUUUGCGAAUUGCUCUGCUUCUGAGAUUACCUCCUCCAAGUGUGGCGUUGACUCCCGAAGUCCGCUGUGCGGUGGUGGGUAAUGUGGACAGUGGGAAGUCCACAACCCUAGGAGUACUCACUCGAGGUGCAUUAGAUGAUGGUAGAGGACGUGCUCGAGUGAGCUUGUUCCGACAUAAACAUGAGGUUGAGAGUGGUCGUACCUCCAGUGUGGGAAUGGAGAUCCUUGGAUUUGGACCUACGGGUAAACCAAUAUUACCUCCAACAUCUCAUUCGACCGAAUUGGAGGUCAUUCGCCGCGAGAAAAUGAGCUGGGAGGAUAUCUCAAUACAAGCUUCGAAAAUCAUAUCUUUCAUUGAUUUGGCUGGUCACGAGAGAUACCUAAAGACUACAUUAUACGGUUUGACCUCCGGCGCACCAUCUUGCGUCAUCCUAAUAGUCGGAGGAAACGCUGGAUUGAUUGGCAUGUCUAAAGAGCAUCUAGCAAUUGCUCUUGCAUUAAGCGUCCCUGUAGUGGUGUGCAUCACCAAGAUCGAUAUGACUCCUCGGCCUAAGCUGGAAGAGACUAUCAAACAGGUGACCAAGAUCUUGAAGAGCCCUGGAUGCCGGAAAACGCCAAUAUUCGUCAAGUCAGAGGAGACCUCUGUGGAGGUGUCUCAAGUCUUUGCCAAAGACCGGCUAUGUCCUAUAUUCCAGUUAUCCAAUGUUACUGGGGAAGGUUUGGACUAUCUGCGCACGUUCUUGAAUUUGUUACCUGCUAGCGAGGGUGACACCGAGAAGUUCUUGGUUGAUCAGCCUCUCGAGUAUUGUGUGACCGAAGUCUGGUCCGUACCAUACGUCGGCACCGUCGUGGAUGGCAUCUUGAAUGCAGGGAGAGUGAAAGCCGGCGAUGCAGUCAUGAUCGGGCCAGACUCGAAUGGUAACUUCCAGAACACAGUGAUCAAGUCUAUUCAGCGGAAACGCGCCGAAGCCGGCCAGUGUGUGUCUUUUGCGUUGAAGCGAAUGAGAAGAGCGGCAGUCCGCAAAGGCAUGGUGAUAGUCCAUAAAACUGAGACUCCUCCGCGAGCUGUUCGUCGUUUCGAGGGCCAGGUCUUGAUUCUCUAUCACAAUACCACCUUGCAGAGAAACUAUCAGGCUAUGUUGCAUUGUGGGGCUAUUCGUCAAACAGUGCGGAUCGUCGCGAUGGACCAUCCUCAGGGCGUGCUGCGUACCGGCGACCGUGCCACCGUGACGUUUGAGUUUAUCUCGCAUCCCGAAUACAUCAAGGAGGGAAUGAAGCUCUUGUUUAGAGAGGGCAAGACGAAGGGUCUGGGCGUGAUCACCAAGUUGCUUUGAGUGUGUAAGACGAUGACGAGAGAUAAAUGGAUACUUUGUCAGGUGGUCCUCUUGACGACAGAUGCCCCUUCCCCCUCUGCAGGAGGAGCAGGACCAAAAGAACUACUCAGACCGCUUGUGGGGAGAAGUGGUUAGCUAAUAGCGAAACAGCGAUAGGACGUUGGGGUCAGCAGCCCUGGCCGGUAGUUCUCGGGACCACCACAUUUGUCAGGCUGACUGUUGAUCUUCGUGCGUCUGUUCGACAAGACGCACAUAAGCCAUCUGACUGGAUGACAAUGAUUACGACUGUAUGACCCAUUCCGCGUCGUCACGAUUGACCGUGGCGUCCUGUAUUCAUUCUAGAUCGCAAUUGAGUGUCUGUACUUUUCG